AUGGCGCAGCAGGCCAAUCCACAACUUGCUGAAGGUGCUCCGCCACCAAAUUUUCAUAUCGAUGCGUUCGACCGGAAGAAAAUUCGGUGGAAUAGAUGGGUAGAGAGGUUAGAAACGGCGUUUGCUAUUUACGGUAUCGGCACCGCCGAAUUGCGUCGUAAUUUUUUGCUACACUUGAUGGGACCGGACACCUACGAGAUUGCUUGCGAUAAAGUGGCUCCGCAAAGUCCACGUACAAUGACGUACCAAGCGAUUAUCGAUGUUUUGGAAGGACACUUUAAUCCGCAGCCUCUCGAAAUUAGCGAAAACUUCCGUUUCAAAUGUCGAAAACAGGGCGACAAAAAUGCCAGCUCGCCGGAUGAGACCAUCGACGAAUACCUCACUGCACUGAGGAGAAUUGCAGUGACAUGCAAUUUUGGUAAUUAUUUGGAGACCGCUUUGAGAAAUCAGCUCGUUUUUGGAAUGAAGAGUAACGACAUACGAGCACGACUGCUAGAGCGACGACAGUUGACACUGGCUGAUGCAAGGGAUGUCGCAGUAGGUAUGGAAUUGUCACUCAAAGGUGGAGCUGAAAUAGAAGGAGCCUAUGCCAAACAGGAAGUACAUGCUUUACAUAACCAACAAGGUAAGGCUAAACAUAAGAAAGUGGGUGGAUCAAGCCAGUCUAGUGGCAAACCCGCUUCUGAUUUACAAUGCUACCGUUGCGGUGACAAAUCGCACGUAGCUAAAAAGUGCCGGCAUUUGAACACAGUGUGUUCUUAUUGCAAAAUUAAAGGCCAUCUAGAACGAGUGUGCAUGAAAAAAACUGCUGCGAAUAGAGGUGAAUCUAGCCGACAGGGUUCAAAACUAAGUACGGUGAAAGCCAGUCACAUUGACGUACGCGAAGGUCGUGAUGCCAAAAAGGCCAGUAGCGGUGACGUUAUAGUAGGAGAAAUAUGUACGGUUGACUCUCGACCAUCAGAUGCAAAAAUGUGGUUGCCAGUAAAUGUUUGCGGUGUGAGUCUUCGCUUCGAAGUCGACACAGGUAGUCCCGUUAGCAUAAUUAAUACCCAAUACUACGAUAAACACUUCCGGAAUAUUAAAUUGCGAAACAGUGACUUGAAUCUGGUUAGUUACUGCAACACAGAUAUACAAAUCAAGGGAGUGUUGGAUGCUGACGUGGAAUGUAACGGAACGAAAGAGCGUUUGCCUUUGUAUGUAGUAAAUUCGGGAAAACAUCCCCUGCUAGGCCGAGAGUGGCUUAAAGUAUUAGCGGUGGACUGGAGUUCUAUUUUGCAAACUUCAGGGACAGUUCACGCGAUUAAUCCACUCAACAUUUCCAACGCCUUGAAUGAGCUUUUCGCAACGUAUACAAGAGUGUUCGACGAUUCGAUUGGAAAGAUUUCUUCAGUGCAAGCGCGCCUUACAUUGAAACCAAAUGCAACUCCGGUUUUCUUGCGAGCUCGAAAAGUUCCGUUCAAUUUAAAAAAUGCGAUUGACAAUGAGUUAGAUAAGUUAGUUACUGAAGGGGUACUAACGAAAGUCGAUAACAGUAGCUGGGCAACUCCGAUUGUUCCCGUUAAAAAAUCCGAUAACAGAAUUAGGAUCUGCGGGGAUUAUAAACAAACGGUCAAUCCCAACUUAAAAGUGGAUCAGCAUCCACUGCCAACAGUAGAUGAGUUGUUCGCGUCGUUGGCAGGAGGUGAUAAGUUCUCUAAAAUUGAUCUGGUACAAGCGUAUCUCCAACUUGAAGUGGCCCCAGAAGAUAGAGAGAUACUGACGUUAAAUACACACCGUGGGUUGUACCGACCGAAUCGUCUUAUGUACGGUAUCGCAUCCGCUCCUGCGAUUUGGCAACGCCAGAUUGAAAUCAUUUUACAAGGAAUUGACGGUGUAAGUGUGUUUUUGGAUGAUAUUAAAAUAACGGGCCCCAAUGACGUGGUUCAUUUGAGUCGGCUUGAAGAAGUCUUGCGUAGACUGGAUCAGUACAACAUUCGGGUUAAUAGAGCGAAGUGCGAAUUUUUGACGAACAAAAUUGAAUAUUGCGGAUAUCUGAUCGAUCGAGAAGGUAUUCAUAAGGUACAGAAAAAGAUGGAUGCCAUUCAGUUUAUGCCGCGACCGAAGAAUAAAGAUGAGGUGCGGUCGUUUGUCGGCUUCAUCAAUUACUACGGUCGCUUUUUCGAUAAUUUAAGUACCAUGCUUUACCCGCUGAACAAUUUGCUCAAAGAUACGGUCGAGUUUAAAUGGACAAAAGAAUGUGAGCAUUCGUUUUACACGGUCAAACAACAAAUGCAGUCGGACAGAUGCUUGGUGCAUUAUUCGCCAGAGUUACCCCUACUCCUGGCUACAGAUGCUUCACCUUACGGUGUAGGGGCUGUUUUAAGUCAUGUCUAUCCAGAUGGUUCCGAACGCCCAAUACAAUUCGCGUCACAGACGCUUAAUGCUACACAACAAAAGUACAUGCAAGUAGACAAGGAGGCUUACGCUAUUAUAUUCGGUGUAAAAAAGUACUUUCAAUAUUUGUACGGACGGAGAUUUAUACUGGUUACGGACAAUCAUGCGGUUACGAAGAUCUUUAGCGAACACAAGGGCCUUCCCGUGAUGUCUGCAUUGAGGAUGCAGCAUUAUGCUACUUAUUUACAAUCUUUUGAUUACGAGAUACGGUUCCGGAAGUCUACCGAUCACGCGAAUGCCGAUGCGAUGUCAAGAAUCCCAGUGAAGCUAUGUGGUUCAGAAAACAUUAUCGAGGAAUCGGACGUGGUAGAGAUGAACCAAAUCGAUACCCUUCCGGUGACAGCAGAGCAGUUGUCGCAAGCUACUAGUGAGGACAAAAAUAUUCAAACGUUGCUCCAAGGUCUGCGGUAUGGACAAGCAGUUGAUGGGAAAGAUCGGUUUGGCAUCGAUCAAACGGAAUUUACGAUUCAAAAUGGCUGCUUGUUGAGAGGAAUUCGCGUGUACGUUCCGGUUAAGCUUCGUGAGCGUGUUCUUGCAGAGCUCCAUUCUACCCAUUUCGGUAUAACGCGUACCAAAUCUCUUGCCCGAGGUGUCUGCUGGUGGAUGGGGAUAGAUCGGGAGAUCGAGGAACUGAUCUCAAACUGUGCGGAGUGUCAAUCCAUUCGAUCAGAGCCGACGAAAGUUUUACCUCACCCUUGGGAACCAGCAACUGAACCGUUCCAGAGGGUGCAUGCAGAUUUUGCCGGACCAUUUCAGGAUACUUAUUUCUUCAUAAUGGUCGAUGCUUAUACAAAAUGGCCCGAGAUUCGAGUGUGCAAAUCAAUCACAGCUGAGCAUACGGAGAGAAUGUGUCGGGAGAUUUUUAGCCGAUUCGGAAUUCCGGCCGUGUUCGUGAGUGAUCACGGAACCCAGUUUACGGCGGAAUCGUUUCAAAGAUUCUUGAAGCUCAACGGAAUAACACACAAGAUGGGUGCACCUUACCACCCCGCGACUAACGGUCAAGCCGAAAGGUACGUACAAACGUUUAAGCAGAAGCUCAAAGCAAUACGUUGUCCGAAAUCGAAACUAGAUGUCGAAAUUGCCAAUAUUCUAAUGACAUACCGAAAGAUGAUUCAUCCGUCAACCGGACGAUCACCCUCUAUGAUGGUGUUCGGGAGACAGAUUAAGUCCCGAUUGGACCUAAUGCUACCUACAAAUUCAGUGAGCAGACCAGCUAACCCCGUUAACCGAGUGUUCUUAGAUGGUGAUAAAGUGCGUGUCCGCGAUUUUCUGUCGGCAAACAAGUGGCAGUUCGGACAGGUCGUUUCAAAGCUGGGCAAAAUGCGAUAUUCGAUUCGCUUGGAUGACGGAAGGCUGUGGGAAAGGCAUGUGGAUCACAUGUGUGGCGUUGGAUCGAAUUUGGAUUCGUCAUCAAGAGCAGGUUCGAAAGAGAUGGCUCCAGAGUUUGCGACUCCUAUUGUAACAACAGCAUCCAGUGGCGACAACCGCAGUUGCGAGGUUCAACCGGUAGUUGGUACAUCCUUCACAUCAGAAUCUCAAGCACCCCCGCCUGUUCAACCCGUGGCGAACGGCGGUCAGCAAGCUGUAGUAUCGGAAGGCGCACGAAUGGGGAACGUUGAGCCAGUUCAACCAGUACGUCGUUCGAACAGAGUAGUGAAGCCACCAUGUAGACUGAAUCUCUAA